UAGAUAUUUCAAAUAGUUAAUGGAAAUGGAGUUCUAUUUAUUUCUUUAUUAAAAUAGUUUAAUCAUUAAAGAACAAAUAAAAAAAAACAGUAAUAGCGGAAUUUCCAAAAUCGCAAAAUAUAAAAAUCGUUUUCGAGGGGAAAAAGGAACUGAGCGAUCGACGAGACGGUCUUUUUUUCAGAGGCUUCCCGACACGUUUCGUAGCGGGUUUAGAUCCAUAAACCCUUUUGUUUUUUACAGCCACUCCCGUACUCUCCAUCAUCUCCCACUCGAUCGUUCGCAAAAAGGGCCAGAUUAUAGAGUGGGGACUCUCUCUCUAUCUAUCUAUCAAUCCACCUCUAUCACUUUUUUUUUUUUUUUUUUUGUUUGUUUGUUUUUUUUUUUUUUUAUAUAAUUUUUUUUGGGGUCUGUGACUUGGAGAUCUUGGAGCUGAGUUCGCUUUUCUUUACGAUUGGUGCUACAUGGCAACGAAAACGAACUCCGAUGGUAGGACUAGGAGUUCAGUACAGAUCUUUAUAGUAGCUGGUUUGUGCUGUUUCUUCUAUAUAUUGGGUGCGUGGCAGAGGAGUGGAUUUGGGAAGGGUGAUAGUAUAGCUUUUGAAAUUACUAAGAGUGGGGCAGAUUGCAACAUAGUUCCAAAUUUGAGUUUUGAUACACAUCAUGGUGGUGACACCGGGAGUAUCACCGAAAGUGAACUGGAAACAAAGGUUUUUGAACCAUGCAAGGCAAAGUACACUGAUUACACGCCCUGUCAAGAUCAAAGGCGUGCUAUGACCUUCCCAAGGGAAAAUAUGUAUUAUAGAGAGAGACAUUGUCCUCCUGAGGAAGAAAAGUUACAUUGCCUAAUCCCAGCACCUAAGGGAUAUGUAACUCCAUUUCCCUGGCCAAAAAGCCGUGACUAUGUGCCAUAUGCAAAUGCACCAUAUAAGAGUUUGACAGUCGAGAAGGCUAUCCAGAACUGGAUACAAUAUGAAGGAAAUGUUUUUCGGUUCCCUGGUGGGGGCACACAGUUUCCUCAAGGAGCUGAUAAAUAUAUUGAUCAGCUUGCUUCUGUGAUACCAAUUCGUAAUGGGACGGUUAGAACUGCACUGGACACUGGUUGUGGGGUUGCUAGUUGGGGUGCAUACCUUAUGAGUAGAAAUGUCAUUACCAUGUCUUUUGCACCAAGAGACUCACAUGAAGCACAGGUCCAAUUCGCUCUUGAAAGGGGUGUACCUGCUGUUAUUGGUGUUCUAGGUACAAUAAAGCUGCCGUAUCCAUCUAGAGCCUUUGACAUGGCUCAUUGUUCUCGUUGCUUAAUUCCAUGGGGAGGAAAUGAUGGAACCUAUUUGAUGGAAGUUGACCGAGUUCUUAGGCCUGGGGGUUAUUGGGUGCUUUCUGGUCCUCCCAUCAAUUGGAGGACCAAUUACAAAGCUUGGCAGCGUUCCAAGGAGGAACUUCAGGAGGAACAACGAAAAAUUGAAGAAAUUGCUAAACUUCUUUGCUGGGAGAAGAAAUCUGAGAAGGGUGAAAUUGCCGUUUGGCAAAAGAGGGUAAAUGCUGAUUCAUGCAGACGAGAUGGUUCUCAAGCUAACUUCUGCAAAUCUGCUGACCCAGAUGAUGUUUGGUAUAAGAAAAUGGAGUCAUGCAUUACUCCUUUUCCUGCCGCUAAUACUCCCGAUGAAGUUGCUGGUGGACAACUGAAGCCCUUUCCGAAGAGGCUUUAUGCGAUACCACCUAGAAUUGCGAGUGGCUCUGUUCCUGGAGUUUCUACAGAGACAUAUGAAGAGGAUAACCAAACAUGGAAGAAGCAUGUGAAUGCUUAUAAAAAAAUCAAUAGACUACUUGAUUCAGGAAGGUAUCGCAAUAUUAUGGAUAUGAAUGCUGGUUUAGGUGGUUUUGCUGCUGCACUCCAAUCUCCAAAAUUGUGGGUCAUGAAUGUGAUGCCCACAAUAGCUGAGAAAAACACACUCGGUGUGAUAUAUGAGCGGGGAUUAAUUGGCAUCUAUCAUGACUGGUGUGAAGCUUUCUCGACAUACCCGAGGACAUAUGACCUCAUUCAUGCUAAUGGUGUUUUCAGUUUGUACAAGGACAAAUGCAAUAUGGAGGACAUUCUUCUGGAGAUGGACAGGAUUUUGCGACCGGAAGGUGCGGUCAUAUUCCGUGAUGAAGUUGAUGUACUAAUUAAGGUGAAGAAAACAGUUGGAGGCAUGAGAUGGGAUACCAAAAUGGUAGACCAUGAGGAUGGCCCCCUCGUGCCCGAGAAGAUAUUGGUCGCUGUCAAGCAGUAUUGGACUGUAGAUGGCAACUCCACUUCCACACAACGAAGUCAAAGAUAGAACUGGGCCUUGGCAUGAUUCUUAGUUGGCAAUGCUCUUUGAUGCAAAGUCGUACCAUGGAUUUAUUCAUUUUGCCCUUAGCAUUUUUGUUGGACGACAUUAGUACGUAAAAUAGAGAGGGGUUUGUACGAUUUACACUGAUCUGAUAUCUGUGCCACUGUUUCUUUAUAGUAAUUUAUUAGCAGACAGCUAAAAAGCUAUGCUUGUAACGUUUAUGGAAUUAUUCUUUUCGUUUU